AUUUUUCAAGUCACUCUCUUAUGCUGGGCAGUCACUAUGGGCAGUCACUAACAUUUGUGCUUCAUAAGAGAGGAAAAUAGGUGAUUCGCCUCUUGUGUGACUCCCUGUCUGGUCAUCAUUUCCUGUUGUUUGGAAGACAUUUUUGAUCUUCACAUAUACCAAAUGGUUCUUCUCACCCUUGAUAUGCAAAGAUUUUUCAGUGGAAAAGGGUGCAUCUUCAAGCUGAGUGCCCUUCUUAGCAGCCUAUUAGCUUUGGUGUUUGAAAUAAUCAUUGCAAGCAGCCAAUGCUGGCGCCCGUGGAGAUUCGACAACAACAUUUUGCAAUUUGUUUCCUUUGGACUCUGGGAGGCUUAUUCCCCUCAAGAGCUUAAUGAAUCAGGGACUGUAACCAAGAUGCUGGUGCACACCACUACCGAAUCUACCAGGAUCAUUUCACCUGAGUUACAGAUUGCACAGACCCUGAUAGUGUGGGCCAUUUUGAUGAAGCCUGUGGUUCUGAUUUUUGGUGUAGUUGCUAUUAAGAUCAGCUGCAUGAAAGACCCAUUUGUGGAGAUGGCAACAUACUGCUACAAUGUUUCUGCCUCAGUUUUGUGUGUUAGCAGCCUGUUCACAUUGGUUUCUGUCAGCUGGAACCACUUUGUAGAUCAUUAUGGCCAAACCACUCUUGACUUUCCACCAUACUUUCCUGUUAAUGAAGAAGCAUUGAUAACCAAAUACUGCACUACUGUGCUGCCAUUAGGGGUUCUGACAGCUGCCAUCUCACUUUUCAGUGCAGUUAUCUUUCUUUCUGAGAUAAGCGUUUUGCAACUACAGAGUUGGAAGAAGGCCCAGCGUGCUUCCAUAGUGACCACUCAAGAGGCCUGAAGUAAGGGCUCCUGCAUUUGCAACAUCUGUCAGAGGGCUCCUUGAAGAAAUUUCCUAUUCACACACAAAACUCAAGUACUCCUCAAUUUGUUCUAAAUAAAGCAUCA